AAUAGUUCCUCUCCCUCUGACAUUUAUAUAAACUUAGCUAACCUCCACACCACCACCAUUUCAGAAGUCUCAACUAAAAAGUAUGGAUUUCUCUAGCUCCCUGCCUCCCUCACCUUCUCCAUUAUACACCUCCCCCUUCAUCCCCAACUCCUCCUUCCCCUCCGCCUCUCCAUACAUCUCUCCUUCCCCCAGCCUGGCCUCAACCGCUCUCUUCUGCUCCCUCCUGUCCCUCCUGGCUCUCCUGGGCAUUGGGGGGAACCUCUACACCAUGGGUCUCCUCAUCAGACGCAGGAGAUCCUCCACCUCCCUCCAUCUCCAGGUGCUGAGUCUAGCUCUGGCGGACCUCCUCUACCUCUUCACGGCUCCCUUCAUCGUGUACGACAGCUUGGCGGCUGACUGGGCGUUUGGGGAGCUGGGCUGUCGCCUCCUCUUCAGCCUGGACCUGAUCACCCUGCACGCCUCCAUCUACACCCUCACCGCCAUGAGUCUGGACCGCUAUCGGGCUGUGGCCAACCCCCUGGCCACCUCGUCCUCCCCCUCCUCUGGGCUGCUCCGUGUGGCCCUGGCCUGGGGCCUGGCGGUGGCCCUCAGCCUGCCCAUGAUGAUCACCCUCCACCUGGAGAACGGAGACGACGGACAGCUGUGUGUCCCUGCCUGGGACGAGCAGAGCUCCAAAGUGUAUAUGAGCGUGCUGUUCUGUACCAGUAUGAUAGGGCCGGGGCUGGCCAUCGGGGCGCUGUAUGCUACUCUGGGCCGUCUCUACUGGGUGUCCCAGACCCAGCCCUGGGCCAGUGGUAGUGGGGGUAGCACGUCCUACCCUCCGCGGGCCCCAAGGCCCAAGGUCCUUCUCCUCAUCCUGGGGAUAGUUCUGGCCUUCUGGGCCUGUUUCUUGCCCUUCUGGGUGUGGCAGCUGCUGCCGCUAUACCGGCCCGACAUGCUGCGGACAGUACCGGUGGGUACCCAGGUGACGGUGAACCGGAUCCUAACGGGGCUGACGUACGGGAACUCUUGCGUGAACCCAUUCUUCUACACGCUGCUCACAGGGGGGAAACGACGGAGGAACAGGCAGACACCGACGUCAGCAAAUCAGCUCUGCCGCAAGAGCAGUCCGCAGUAGUGUUCGUGACAACACAGAC